GACGUCAUACUUGCUUGUUGUGACGUCACGUCCGUCUCAUCCCUCCUCCCAACAUUCAAGAUGGCGGCCGCAGAGGUGAAGUCUUACCGCGAGAAGCUGGAGAAAUACCUGUACGAGAAGAACGCCUUCACGGAUCUGCUGGCUAAAGCAGAAGCAAAGACCGGAGUGAAGAGAGUGUACAUUGUUUACGGACUCUUGGGGCUGUUCCUGUUGUAUCUCGCUAUCGGCUAUGGCGCUUCUUUCCUCUGCGCUUUCACCGGGUUUGUUUACCCGGCGUAUUGCUCAGUGAAGGCCAUCGAGAGUGAACGUAAGGAGGAUGACACGCAGUGGCUGACCUACUGGGUGGUGUACAGCGUCUUCGGUCUGGCCGAGUUCUGGUUCGACAUUCUGCUCUUCUGGAUCCCCUUCUACUACCUGCUGAAGUGCCUGUUCUUGCUGUACUGCAUGGCGCCCGGCUCGUACAACGGUUCGGAGAUGAUUUACCAGCGCAUCAUCCGCCCCUUCGUACUGCGUCACCAGGACAAGGUCGACCGCUUCAUCGACCAGGCCGGCAAGAGGGCAAAGGAAGCGCUAGACACAGUUCUGGGUACAGCCCUGGCAAGCGCUAGUAACCCCCCUGCUGACGGCCUGAAGAAAGAGUCCUAAACCUCAGUUAGGGAGUUAGCCGAGGGAGCUGCCGGACAGUUUGCAGCUGACGCAGUGUCAAAAAGCCUGAAGGGGGAGUAAAAAUGCCAGGAUGUCACGCAGUUCUGUCCCUUUGUAAAGAAGCCGUGUGUUACUAUGGUUACGACCCUUGUCCCCUGCCACUGUACGUGUAUGUUUGUGGCAAAUUGGCGAUAUGCCUCUGCUCUAUUAAGAUUUGCAACAUUUAAGUGUAGUACCAAAAUGUUACAUGGAUGCCUGUAUCAAUGAUGUAUAAGACAGAUGCAGUUGUUAAAUGGCAAAUGGUGUCUCGCAUGUACAAGUGCUUUCUUUGUGAAGCCUCUAUGAAGAUCUGCUGCAUAAAUCCUUGCUGAAAAUCUGCCUGUGUGUAUUUGAUACAAGUGCAGUCCCUGUGUCAUUUUGUAUGUAAGUGGCUGGGCCAAACCAACAAAAUUCAUUGUUUCUUCACCUUUGUAGAAUGAAAUACAGUAGUACAAAAGAACUUGAAAUAUGAAGGACUCAUAUUAGUGGAUAGGUUCACCGGAGUCAUCAACACACUACUAGUAAAUUUCUGGCUCGCACAAGUAUUAAUAAACCACCAGUAUUGACUCAGAAACAAGGAAUUUUGUUGGGAUGGCCUUGUUUCAGUACAAUUGUGCAUAAACAUGUAACUAGGCUGUUUUAUAAAAGGACAUGAUUGCGCUGCCUUUUUUUUUUGUCUAUUGUGGUGAAAUAUGCAAGACUGUUGUGUCCCAGAUGUUGAAUAAAUGUGGGAGAGUAUUCCUGUUUCGUCAAGGUGAUUUUCCUCUGGGCAACUUGUGCAAUGUGAAAAUGCUCUAGUUUAGAUUGUCAGACUUUGCUAAUCUGUGUACCAUCUAUCAAGGUUAGUUAACAUCGAUAACUAGAGUUAACUAACUAGGAUAGUGCCCAGGUUAGACCCUUUGUCAAAAGCAAUGCAAACCAACCUACAGUCUGGCUGUCCCUGGUUUCUUAAGCUUUGACCUGUACUUUUUCAACCAGAAUCGUCAAUAGCAACGGUGGAAAUAUGAAUAGUCAUGCAGCUAUCAACCUGCUUGGACCAAAUGUGCUUGCAUAACUUGGGUUGGGUAGAAAAACAAAUGGACUCAACGGAGCAAACAGGUCUAAGGUUAAGAAACCGAAGGACACAGUAUUAAUGUUAAAUGGGCUUUAUGUACACGUAUAUGUACCCUCUAGAAUAAUUUAACAUUUAGGAAUGUAGUACUUUUCUGCAGUUGCUGCAAGCUUCAGAAAACUUACAUUUAAAGUCGUUAUUCUGAUCAUUAUAAUAUGAAGAACUUGGUAGACAUCAGUUCAUUUCUAACUGUUUCAUCACAAUCCAUAUCUAAUCCAUAUUUUACUUUCACCACACUUUCACCAUUUGUGAAGUAGCUUUAAUUUAAAGUUAGCCUUCUUAGCAGGCUCUGUGAGUUGGGCUUUUUUUGGGGGUCUUAUAGUAUGUUUUUUUUAUCUGAUCGCAUAUCAGUUCAACUGCUCUUUGUGCAAUAGAACCAAUAUGCCAUCAGAAAUAGGCAUUAUGUUAUAAGCCAAAAAAUCCCAACUCCUAGGGCCUGCUACAAAUGCUGCUUUUAAGCCAGCAUCUGGGGAAUAUGCUUGUUAAGGGCAGGUUUUUGUACAUUUGCAUACAAGAAAGUACCUAAGAAACAUUUAGCACAUGUAGCAUAGCCUUUUCUAGAUCUAUAGAGGAUAAGUACAUUAUAUGUUCACUCCAUCUACAGUACCAUAUUUGUUCCUAGUUUCUGUCUUAUGUAUUCUGUCAGAAUCCUUGUCCUGCUACGCUGUUUUCAGUUCAGAUCACUUCAGGGCAGCAUCAUGUGAAAGCUUGCCCACCUCCUCUUUUUACUAUCUAUGCAUGUUGGUUUUGGAGUGCAGUUCUGUUGAAUUGCACAUAUACUUUAGUAGUCUAUUGGUAGACUUUAGAGAAACAGGGCACGUGCCAGUAGCUAUAUACAUCAUGGACAUAGCUCUUUGCUGUGAUUUCUCAUGUAUCGGAAAGCAUACUUCCUUUUUUGCUGUGAUUUCUCAUAUAUAGGAAAGCAUUCUUUGAUAUACAUUGCUGAUACUAUUAUGUGCAUUUGUAGUUUGCGAUGACUUUAAAUAGACUGUGAAACCCCUUUAAAGGUAUGCCUUGCGCACUUCCCUUUCUUCUUUGCUGACUUAUACUGUAAAAGCACAUUUUAUAGGUCCUUGUUGACAUUUAUUCACAAGUUCAAAGGUGGGAGCUUAGGCAAAGCUAUUGAAGAAUACAGUAACUGGUAAAACAAGACAGAACUUCUGUGCUUAGGUAUUCAUGUAACAGCAAAUAUAUCAACUCUAGUGCUAGUAUAGUGGACUUUGACAAUGCCUCAAGUCUCUCAACUCCAAAAUCCUAGUACAUGUAUCUUCUUUCUUUAAUUUUCUACCAGUAUCUCAACUUGUGGUUUUCCAUCUCUUCCCAUUGCAGUUUUAUGACGGAUAUGUCCGACUCAAGAAAAAUUUGGUGUUAAAACUAGAUGUAGUGUGGAAAUUUGAAAAUCAAUAAAGUGGUUGUAGUGUA